AUAGGGGCAUGUGCUCGCAAGCACGCACAUGUACCAUAACACACAUUCAAAGGUCGGAGGACAGUGUACAAGAGUCAGUUCUCUUCUUCCACCAGGUAAGUUCCAGGAUUGACCUCAGGUUGCCCGGCUGGACCUGCCGUGGAGUGUGACUGCUGUUCAAGGGAGUCUAUCACUGAUAUCAUCAGCGGUGGGGUCUGGGACACCCUUCUUCAGGCUCUCUAUAAGGCUCUACCCUUGAGAGGUUCCAGGCCUCGAACAGAACCUUCAGGAGUACUUCCAGUAAAGGCAGAACAAUAGUGAGACGGGACAGAGCAUGGAAUUCUUAACUGACUGGAGGCCAACACAUAGACAACAGACCAAACCAGGCAACCCAAAACCAAAAGCACUACUGAGGGGUAAAUGAAUACAGGUGCCCCGACGUGCUGGUGACAACGCUUGUCUUACAUCACCCCGCUUAUGAGACGGGGUAGGGGGUCCAGAGUCCCCUCGGGAGAAGAAGUGGCAAGCUGGAGAUCUGCACGACAAAAGAGGAGUCCUGAAUACGAGCACACCGGUUUGUACUAAGGAAGGCUAAGGAGCUUGCUUGCUGUUUUCUGCUCUUGAGGUUCCUAGAGUGGGGAGCAGUGUUCACUGAAGCCCUGGCCUUCCGGGAUUCAUGGCGGCUCACAGGGUUCACCCACAAAGCCAGGUGACAGGAAUCUCUUUUCUUCCUACUGCAACAGAUGUGCCUGCAGAUCAGCAUCAUAAAAGAGGUCACAGCUGCCUUCCCACCAGAAAAUGUCUCGUGACUUCCUGUGUGGCGUUCCUGGUGCUCGGAGUUGUCGCUACAGCGAUUGCUGUUGGGAUCACUUUCGGGAUACUGACGAAGCCCGCAGACCGGACGUAUCACCCCUGCAGAACAGCUUCACAGCAUCCAGGCUUCCUGUGUGAGGACCGCACGACUUGCUUGCUGCCUUCUCUGCUUUGUGAUGGCAAGAUGGACUGCGAGGAUGGCGGGGAUGAGUCUGCCGCCUACUGUGGUCAAAUGCCCAGCAGUCUCCCACAGAACUUGAUUUUCAAGUGUCCCAACCGGAAGACAUGGAUAUAUGUGGACAGGGUCUGUGACAUAAGGAAUGACUGUGGGGACUGCUCGGAUGAAUCAGUUUCGCAGUGCCCAGCAUGCCCAGGCUGGAGAUGUGACACUGUUUUCUUCGCUGACUGUGCCUGCAUUCCCAGAAGUCGCUGCAGAAACGGCAUCCAAGACUGUGCUGACUGGAGUGAUGAAAACCUGUGCAACGAUUAGGUUUAGAAUCGGGGGUUUUGGAAAAGCUGAAAAAUGUUUUUGUCUUAAGACUUCUUUCCAAGUAGUGGUACGUCUGUCUCCUGUGUUUACUUUCCUGGAAUGUAGGGUAGGGAAGAACCUGUGCCCCCUGUUAGCAAAGGAAGCAGGCAGAAUGCAGCUGCAGCUGUAGGUCUCUGUUCUAAACCUGUUUCCAAAUAGCCACAGGGUUCUGUGGGAAGCACACACGUGUGCUUUUAACCAGUAUGAAGACAGUCACCCUAAGAACUUUCAGAUGGAGAUGUCUAUUUCACUAGUGUACAGCCCUGGUUUCAGAUCUUAAGUUUUGAAAAUUUGUUUUUAAAUUAGCACAUAAAGUAUUAAGAUGUCAUUAUGGCAUUUUUCAUAAAGUGUUUUAGUAGAUAGCCUCCACACUCUAACUUCCCCUGAAGUCUCCUUCCCAUUUGGAUGUCUCCUCUUGUCCCCACCACCCCUUCUUCAACAUCUCCUUACCCUCUUUCCUAGUCUUUGAAGGCUUUAUAUUCAUGCUCAUGUCUAUAUUCAGGUAUGUAUUACAAGUUAGGAUCUGCAUACUAGAGAAUGUAGUUUUUGUCUGAGUUUGGGUCACCUAGCUUAAUGUGUGCUUUCUAGAUCCACCUGUUUUCCUGGAUU